AUGUUGGUUUAUAAUUCAAGUUUCGAUGAGUUUAUGUUAAAAGCUAAACAUGAUUCAACUGAGGUUCAAAUUUAUUUAUUAUUUAAAGAAAUAAGAAUAUAAAGUAUAUUAAUAAAGGUGGUUAGUAUUAUUGGCAUUUUGUGCAUUUACGUAAUGAAUCAAAUUUAAUUUUCAGAUUUUGCAAUGCCUUGGGUUUUGUGUAAUAUACUCCAAUUUUAAAAAUGGCAGCCUCUUAUUAUGAUGUAGAUGAGGAUGGUGUUGCCUGGUUUAGCAUUUGUUAUUAUAUUACUUAUUUUUUACUUGCACCAUUCAGUAUUAAACCAUUGGAUAUCAGACUUGAUUAUUCAUUGUUUUUUGCUGCAUUUUUAACUUCAUUAGGUAAUCAUAUAGUAAAUAUUAAAGGUUAAUGGACAAUAUAUUUGGCUCAUUAAAAUUAUGCAAUAGCAAUGAUUGGUUUCGUUUUUAUAGGAAUAGGUUAAAUAUUCAUUUUAGCUGCUCCAGCAUGUAAUAAUAAUCUUAUUAUUUAAUGAAAUAGAUAUUUCAGAUAGAUGGUUUCCGGUUCAUGAAAGAACUGUAUCCACUUGUUUAGGAAGUUUUUUAAAUUUAUUAGGAUUAAAUUUUUCUAUUUUUUAUUCCUCUAUAACUUUUGAGGAACUUUCAGGAUAAUUAGAUAAUAUCAUAAAGGAAAUAGAUUUUAUGAAUCUAAUCUAUUCUAUAAUGAAUACUGUUGCAUUCCUUAUGUGUUUAUUAAUGAUAAAAAAUAAACCACCUUCUCCUCCUUCUUUUUCAGCUGUAAUUAUUUAUGUAAAUUAUUUUGGCUUCAGAAAAAAUGUUAAUAAUGAAAUCAUUCAAAAGAGCUUUUAGGAAUCUUGAA